AACGUUGCUUUGCAUCGCUCCUUAGUUUCUAACAUUAUUUCAGUACUACGUAACUCAUUCCGUGCUUUUGAUAACGCGAUACGUGCGGCCGAUGACGGCUUCCCCCGCGCGAUUGCGUCAGGCACGAUCGAAGCACGACAAAAAGGCGACGGCGACGACCGCACAGUCUUUGGACACGCGCUGCGCCAACACGUAUCCGUCGCCCGGUACCUCGUGAGCUCCCUGAAAGAGGACCCAGAAAGCGCUUUCGCAUCCAGAUGUCUGAGACCAAGAAAUAAGACAAAGGUGUUACAUUUGGAGACGACUGAAGAAACCAGAAGAAUGGAAUCCCUAGAAUUGGGCUUGUCAGAUCUUAAUAGCAUUUUAAGGGAUCAGAGUUAUGUCUGUGGCUAUGAGCCCACACAGGGAGAUGUAGUAGCAUGGCAAGGUCUUGGUGGUGCCCCCUCACCUGAGUACCCACACAUUGCACGUUGGUACAUACAUAUUGCCAGCUUUGGAGCUGACUGCAAAAGUUUCCAAAAAGCUCCGUUUUCUGUUGUGAUAAGAGAAGCUAACACUGAUGGAAACAAAAAGAUGAAAGAAGUAGACAAGAUGAAGCCUCUAAGUAGCAAACCUCAGAAGAUGGCACCUAAUAAAAGUGAGGCAGAGGGCAAGAAGGAGAAGGGAGGUGGAGGUGGGAAAGUGACUGAGUUGAGUCCCUGGCCUGCCUACAUUCAGGAGAGGCUAGCACUUUGGGACCGCCUCAAGAAAGCAGCAGACGAAGCAUUGGCAGCCAAGGUGUCAGAGCCCAUUCAGGUCACUUUACCUGAUGGAGCAAUAAAAGAGGGCAAGUCCUGGCAGACCUCCCCCUAUGAGAUUGCACAGUCCAUCUCUCAAGGCUUGGCAGAAAACACUGUUAUUGCAAAAGUUAAUGGUGUUUUGUGGGAUCUGGAUCGGCCCCUUGAAGAAAGUUGCAGUUUGCAGCUCUUAAAGUUUAAUGAUGAUGAAGCUAAGCAGGUCUUCUGGCACUCCUCAGCCCAUAUCCUUGGUGAGGCAAUGGAACGUGUGUAUGGAGGCCAUCUGGUUUAUGGUCCUCCCAUUGAUGAUGGUUUUUAUUAUGAUAUGUAUAAUGAUGGCCCUGGAGUAAGUUCUAGUGAUUUCUCUGGGAUAGAAGAUGUCAUGAAGAAGAUAACAAAAGAGAAGCAACCAUUUGAAAGACUGGAAAUGAAGAAGUCAGAUUUGCUAGAGAUGUUCAAGUAUAACCAGUUCAAGGUACGGCUGUUAAAUGAGAAAGUGAAAACGGACACCACCACUGUAUACCGAUGUGGACCCCUUAUUGAUUUGUGUCGUGGGCCCCAUGUACGUCAUACUGGCAAAGUGAAGGCUUUCACAGUUACUAAGAACUCCGCAUCUUACUGGGAGGGCAACAGUGAGGCAGAGUCCUUGCAGCGUGUGUAUGGCAUCAGCUUCCCUGAUCCCAAAAUGCUGAAAGAGUGGAAACAUUUCCAAGAGGAAGCAGCAAAAAGGGACCACAGGAAAUUAGGUAUUCAACAGAAAUUGUUCUUCUUCCAUGAAUUAAGCCCAGGUAGCUGCUUUUUCUCUCCCCGUGGAGCGUACAUCUACAAUACUUUAGUUGAAUUCAUCCGCCAGCAGUACCGCAUUCGAGGAUUCCAGGAAGUUAUUUCACCUAAUGUAUACAACACCAAAUUGUGGCAAACCUCCGGUCACUGGGAGCACUAUGCUGAAAACAUGUUUGCUUUUGAGGUUGAAAAGGAAAAGUAUGCCCUGAAGCCCAUGAACUGCCCUGGCCACUGUUUGAUGUUUGGACACACUAGCCGAUCUUGGCGUGAACUACCACUUCGCAUGGCUGACUUUGGCGUUUUGCAUCGUAAUGAACUAUCAGGAGCUCUAACUGGCCUGACUCGUGUGCGAAGAUUCCAGCAAGAUGAUGCUCACAUCUUCUGUACUCCUGAGAUGAUCAAGGAUGAAAUCAGUAAUUGCCUGGAGUUCCUCUCUGCUGUUUAUGAAACUUUUGGUUUUGAGUUUGUGCUCAAGCUAUCGACCCGCCCAGAAAAGUUCCUGGGUGAGGUUGAAAUGUGGGAUAAAGCAGAAUCACAGCUGAAGGAGUCCUUGGAUAAAUAUGGUAAGGAGUGGAAGCUCAACCUUGGAGAUGGAGCUUUCUAUGGCCCAAAGAUUGACAUCACUGUGACAGAUGCUCUAAGACGGCAACACCAGUGUGCUACAAUCCAGCUUGAUUUCCAGUUGCCCAUCAGAUUUGAUCUGCAUUAUGUGUCAGAAUCAGGAGAAAAGAAGAGACCUGUUAUAAUCCAUAGAGCGAUCCUGGGCUCAGUUGAACGAAUGAUUGCCAUCCUCACUGAAUCCUAUGGAGGAAAGUGGCCUUUCUGGCUGUCGCCACGACAGUGCAUGGUGGUGCCUGUAGCUCCACCUUUUGAUGAUUAUGCCAAGUCUGUUAAGAAACAGCUCCAUGAGGCAGGCUUCGAAGCUGAUUAUGAUGUAGAUCCAGGCGAUACCAUGAAUAAAAAGAUCAGGAAUGCUCAACUUGAGCAAUACAAUUUCAUUUUUGUGGUAGGGGAGAAAGAGAAGACCAACAACACGGUGAAUGUGCGCACUCGAGACAACAAGGUGCAUGGCGAGCAUAGUGUUCCUGACGUCAUACAGAAACUUCAUGUUCUCAGACAGAAUCGUGUGCAAAACUGGGAAGAUUCAUUUUAAUUAUUUUAUAUGAUAAAAAUUACUAUGUUAUGCCAUUGUUAAUAAAACUUGGGUUAUAUUUCUUAUGUAAUUGGAAGUCUUCAGAAAAUGUAUACAAAAGUUUGAAGUAUGAUCAGAGUGGAUUGUAAUUUAUCAGAAUGAUUGAACAAGUAUUGUCAGAAUUGUAACUUCACAGUUUAAGCUAUAACAUAUUUUAGAUUACCUUAUGAAUAGGGCUGGAUUGUAAAUUCAUUAAAGGGUCAUGCAUGUA